UUAUCCCCUCCACAUUUAUUUUGUUUUGACAUUUUGUGAACAUUUUUCUGUGGUCUUGUCUCAGCGAAAAAAAAAAUAUUUCGAAAAGUCUCAUAAUCAAGGGUGGAACAAUGUCACAAUUUGUAUCGCAAUUGACACAACAAGCCGAAAUAACACUGAACUAUUUGUCAUCGGAAGAUUUGAGGGAACUGCUAAACGACGAUGAAAAAUUGGAGGCGAGAGUAAACGAACUGCUGGCUCCAUUGGAAAAUGAUAAAACCGGAAUACUGAACGCUAAUGUCCAAGCAGCUGAGGAAAGUUUAACAAAAGAGCCACAACUAAUCGAGCUUCGCAGUCGAGUCAACGAAUUGUCGGACAAGUCAAAAGAACUGUGCACAGACAUCCAGGAAAAGUUAAACGAAAUGAAAUCGAAAUCGAGUGGCAUGAAUCGGGACACAGCCCUGGCCCUGCUGCAAACGGCUGCCGCAGAAAGUGAAGAAGCUUCCGAGCAAAUUGUCAAACAGUUUCUGGACAAGGAAUUGCCAGUCGAUGGUUUCUUGGAACAGUUUAUGGUGUCCAGGAAGACGAUGCAUUUGAGGAAGUUGAAGGCGGACAAAAUGAACGAAUUGAUUCGGAAGGGUACGACGACCAGUGCCACUGGCGGCUACAACAAUUUCAAUCGAAGCUUCUAUCCGUAUCAGCCAGCAGUGGGCGGUGGAAACGUGCCGUAUCCGAUCGGGAUGAGUAUGAAUAUGCCGAUGCCGGGAAAUUUUUGAGAUUUUCUUUUUGUUUAAAAUUUAUUUUUGUACGAGGAAGAGCGAGCGAGCGAGCGAGCAAGUUUAUUUUAUGUGUUAAAGCGGUAGCCAAUGGAAAUACAAAACGUUUUUUGAACUGCAAAAA